UUAGAGCGGUGUCUGUCUCCGUUGCAUGAACACUGCCAAGCUGCUAAACGAAUUGAAUCAAGGAAGUAAUGACAGCGUUUGCACGCAAUCUUAUCUACCCGCAACUAUUUUAAUUACACUGCCAUUGAAGAUCGAAUGGCUUCAAGUUUUUGUACAUUUAAUUGUUCGCCCGUUGGUUUGGUGGUUAGUGAUUCGACUUCUGGACCUUAAGGGAUCGGGCUAGUUUCGUGUUCGAAGUCAUUCAUAUAAGUGUUAUUAAUAUGGGUUUCGGUGUAUGUACUUGUGUGUGUGUUUCUGCUACCCAUAAAUCUUAGCUUGGGGCCAUCGAAUCAAAACACUUUAAUCGUCAAAUUAAUCGUAAAUGGAAUAAAAGGCAAAAUGACCAUACGUUGGGGUAUCGUAACCGCAGGAAAAAUCAGCCAUGAUUUUGUCAACGCUUUCAACAGCUAUCCUAACAAGGGGGAUCAGGUUAUAACCGCAGUGGCCGCUCGAACGAAGUCAGAAGAAUUUGCAAAGCUACACAAUAUUCCCAUAGUAUUCGAUUCCUAUAAAGCCUUGGCUGAGAGUAAUGAGAUUGAUGUGGCUUAUAUUGGUGCGCUAAAUCCUGAUCAUUACAACAUAUCAAAACUAUUUCUCGAAAACGGCAAGCAUGUUCUUUGCGAAAAACCUUUGUGUUUGAACUACAAACAAGCCGAGAGCCUAAUCAGGUUUGCGAAGAGUAAGAAACUAUUCCUAAUGGAAGCUGUUUGGUCGAGAUUUUCUCCAACCUACAUUGCCCUUGAAAAAGAAAUCAAUUCCGGGAAAUUGGGAGACGUUAUGUUCGUCGAAGUCAAUUUUGGUGUACCUAUUGUUACAGUCGAUAGACUGAGGAAAAAGGAACUAGGCGGAAGUUCUGUUAUGGACAUUGGAAUUUACACACUGCAAUUUGCUCAAUACAUAUUUAAGGAGGAACCCAAAAAAGUAACAACUGUAGGGGGUUUGAACGAAGACGGAGUGGACAUUUACGAAACGAUAAUUUUAGAGUAUGAUGGUGACAGACGCGCAGUCCUCAACGUUGAUAGUAGGUUCAAAAUGUGGAACAAAGCCACUGUGGUUGGCACCAACGGUCAUAUUACAAUAGAGGAUCCGUUCCAUUUUCCGGAAAUUUUCAUUAAUACAGAUGGAACAGUAGAAAAGUUUCCGCUUCAUAAAUCUUCAUUACCCUACAACUUCAGAAACAGCGCCGGUUUAGUUUACCAAGCGCUUGAAGUAGAAAAGUGUCUUAAAGAAGGGCUAAUUGAAUCACCUCGUAUGUCACAUAAGGAAAGCUUAGUCUUGGCAAAAUUGGAGCAAACGGUCCGCAAACAACUUGGAGUUUACUAUGAUGUUGAUGACCAAGAAUUUCCUUGAGCGCUUUAGAAUUGAAAUACAGAAUAAAUAUUGUGUUAAAAAAAUAUUAUUUGUCACCACAGAUUUUAUAUUCAUACAAAAUUUAUUUCAGUAUCACAAUAAUGUUCUUACAAAAUCAUACAUUAUAGU